AUGAAUUUUGAGGAACUUUAUCGUCCAACUCCAGGUGACGUACAAAGUGUUUUGAGACUCCUUCAUGACAAUGGUGUUAGUGUUCAAAAUUCUAAGAAGGCGUAUGCUGAACUGCAGCAAUAUCAGGCAAACCCGUCUUUCUGCGUUUUACUAUCCUAUGUUUUCGGUGCGGAGGCUUGUCCUGUUGAGGGAUUGCAAUUAGAUGGAUCCUGGAUUCAAUAUAGGCGACUUGCCGGAAUAACUUUAAAGAAUAAUCUUGAGAACUCCAAAUAUGCACUGGGUCUAGGAGCCGUAAAGGAGGCGGCUCGCUGUACUUUAUCCGUGCUGCGUAAUCCAUCAGAUGCUCGAAUUGCUCGAGUAGCAGCCCAAAUUGUGGUGAAAAUAACGGCUCUCACCUCUUUUGAAUGGUGGCAGGAGUGUGGAAUAGGUAAUAUUCCAAAUUUGCUUCUUGACGAACUAUUUGGAGCGGGGAAUUUAAGGACCUUGUCUGCUCUUUACACUCUUCAGUAUUUAAUGGAAGAUCUCCCAAAAGAGGUUGGUGCUGCCAGUAAAGACAUCAUUGAUCGAGUUUUAACGCUUGUAUUGAAUCAAAAUACCGAAGCACAUCUUCAGAAAGCCGCAUUCCGAAUGUGCUUUAAUAUUUAUGAGCAAGCGGAACAACUUGAUUGGAAUGUAGAAGGGCUUUCCCCCUUGCAAACAGGAUUAACAGCUGCGAGUGGUACUUUUGCUGGUGUAUGUACGACACUUCUAGAGCAAGGUUGCGGGGGUGAUAUUCCUCUACUGAUUCAAGUAUUACGCUCGUGUGUGUUAAUGCUUGAGUAUCUUGACUAUUUUACUCCUAUGAACGCUGUCGAAAUGACAAGAUUGAUCGAUUGGUGGAUUCGUCAUACGAUAGAUAUAGUUUCUUCGAGGGUUGAUGUUGGGGAAUACAAUCUUCCAUUAAAGACGAUUGCCAUGGAUUUGUUAACAGCAGCCUUGAAACUAUAUGAUCGAGUGGGAGGUAAUGGACCUAUUUCUCUUCUUAUGGAACCAAUACUUAUAAUGCUACCAGGUCUUGUCCCGGCCCUGGUGAAUUGUGUUCCUAUGUCUACUGAAGAGAUGGAUGUCAUAUUGUCAAACGAUGACUAUCGAAUGCGUGAUGUAACUGCAGUUAAUUAUCAUUUGAAUGAAGGAAGCAAAGACAUAUCCGAAGAUAUGUUUAUGGAGGAUGAUUGUGGAGCCGCCACAUUGCGCGCAUCAGCAUUACGGUGUAUUGACGCUCUCUGUAUUUUUUCAGGUAAAGAUACAUUUCCACAUCUAAUUGAGCAGAUUAGGGUUUUAUGGAGUGCUGAUGGACAACUCAAGGAAGCUGCAAUUGUGCUGUUUGGGACCAUUGCAAACGGUUGUUACACGGAAAUUGAACUUACAGUUUCAGGUAUUGUUCGACAAUUAAUUGAUACUGUUCUGUCGGAUUCAGAGGGUAUCUUUGUGGUUAGCGUCGCUAUAUGGUCCUUAUCACGAAUAUUGGAAUGGGCUUGCACAUGCGAUGGAAAAAUUCUAUCUGAUAUUAUGGCAGCUUUCGUUUCUCGAAUGCAAAGUACAAGUAAACGCGUGCAACAAGCAGCGGUAUCUGCUUUAAAUACAGCAUUUGUAACGGGGCAUGAUAUGGGUGCAACGACCAACCUUGUUGACUCUUUUCCUUGUUUAACUGAGUCAAUCAUCGCAUGUUUACCAAUAUAUUGCGAUGGAAAUCUAUCACUUCUUUGCGACUUGGCCUUGCAUUUGCUCGCUGUUGCCGAAGAUUUUCAACUUACAUCACGAAUUGGAGAUGCAUUUAAAAGUAAUCGAAUGGAACGCGUAAAACACUUUGAAGCUUCAUAUGUGGCACUUUACAUCGACGGAGUACCAAACACACACGUCGAUAAGGAUAUCUUUUCAAUUGAUCGUGUUGUCGCAGGAUACUUGACACGUUUUCCAGAUUCAGAAAUUUCCUUUAAAAUUCUUGGGAUGUGGUACGCCGCAUUAAAGGAUGCAGUCGAGCGAGACAUCAGAGACGAUGAGGACUUAUUGUGCAAUAUGAUGCUUACUUGUUCCAACUUUUUGAAUGUUACCUCUACUGCCGUCCUCGCUGAAUGGAUAUGUCAAGCACAAGGAUCGUUAGCAAGCCUAGCAUUUCAACUUCUUGUUACUAUUCCCAAGAAAUCCGUGAAAUCAGCAGCUGUUACAUUACUCCAUCGUUUGUUAAAGUCGAUUGGAAAAUCUGCUUAUCCUAAUGGAAUGGGCGACACGUUGCUUGUUACACUUGCUUCUUCCAUUCGUGAGGUAGAUCUUUCUUUUGAUAAAAUGGAGCUGGUGCGUUUGAUUACGCUAAUGGUCGAAGUAUAUUUUUCCGACUUUCCCCAAGAUGCCUCUAUGGCAUUUGCUGCUGCAGUAGAUGCGCUUCGCAGCGACGCGUACAAUGAUUCACGUUGGCUUUUUUCACAAAUGGCGUACGAUAUAUGUCAUGCCCUUGAUGCCGUGCCGGGGCUUUUGGCGCAAUCGCGUCCCGAAGAGCUCGCUCGAAUAAUGGCACAGGCAGAGAACACAUGUGGUAAAUCUGUGGCAACAAUACAUCUAAUAGAUGCCCUAUUAUCAGCUGAAGAAGUUGCUUUCGCCAUACUUCCGGAUGUUAUGCGACUUAUUUACAGUUGGCAACAGGCGGCAUGUAACUUUCCUGGUACUCGAGAAAAACUUAGUUCUAUGCUCUACUUUUAUAGCAACAAACACAGUGAGCAAUUGAGAGAUCAUCUGAGCGCGCUCCAUCCUAAUCUUCGUGAGAUGAUACUGUCAACGUACGACAUGAGUUAA